AUGACUCCUUUUUUGUUGUGUCCGUUGGCCGUGGCAUGGCUCGCAGGUCAAGCCUCGGCUAUUGACCUGACGGUAUCAAAGACGGGUGGAAACUCUUCCAGCCCCUUGCUCUAUGGUAUCAUGUUUGAGGACAUAAAUAAUUCAGGCGACGGUGGCAUCCAUGGUCAAUUAAUCCGCAACAAUGGUUUUCAAGGCGAUGACCCAGGCCUUACUGCAUACUACGCAGUGGGAGACGUGACCAUCUCUCAGGAUACCUCCAAUCCUCUCAGCACAGCCAUCACCUCUUCGCUGAAGGUGACCGUGCCUUCUGACACCACGGGGUACGUUGGCUUCUCCAACUACGGAUAUAACGGAAUUCCUGUUCUUGAUACGACCUACACCAGCUAUUUCUGGAUGAAGGGAGACUAUUCUGGUAUCAUUAACCUCAGAUUGGUUGGAAACUCUACCGGCACUGUUUACGCCGAUCACAAUAUCACAGUUGACAGCAGUGCUUCGGAGUUCACAUAUUAUGAUACUUCUUUUACCUCUACCGAGUCUUCGGAUGCGGAUAACGCGAUGCAGCUGCGUUUUGAUGCCUCGGCUGUUGCAGGGAGCUCCUUGAACUUUGGUCUAGUGCAACUAUUUCCUCCAACUUAUAAUUCGCGAGAUAACGGAUUGCGGGAUGAUGUGGCUAGCUUUCUUGCCGAAGUCAAACCGUCCUUCCUUCGCUUUCCCGGAGGAAACAACCUUGAGGGCGACACUCCUAGUGAUCGCUGGAAGUGGAAUGAGACUAUUGGAGCACUUACUGAUCGUCCAGGUCGUGAAGGUGACUGGGGCUACCCAAACACUGAUGCCCUCGGGCUGGAUGAGUACAUGUAUUGGUGUUUAGACAUGGACAUGGAGCCCCUGCUUGCCGUCUGGUCUGGCCUUACUCUCGAUAAUAGCGCGGUUUCGGGAUCUGAUCUCGAUCCGUAUGUCGAUGACAUUCUGAAUGAACUCGAGUAUUGUCUUGGCUCCACUGACACUACAUACGGUGCUCUGCGAGCCAAAAAUGGCCGGACCGAGCCCUGGCCCUUGCAAUAUAUCGAAAUAGGGAAUGAGGACAAUGUCUACUCAAAUGGAUGUGCUACCUAUGCAAGUCGGUUUACACAGAUAUAUGAUGCUAUUCAUGCCGAAUAUCCCAACUUGACAAUCAUUGCAUCUACCACUGACACUUCGUGUCUCCCAUCAACUAUACCUGACGGUGUGAUCACUGACAUCCACUACUAUCUCUCACCUGAUGGGUUCAUCGAUCUUUUUGAUGAGUGGGACAACUGGUCUCGCGACUGGCCUAUUUUUGUUGGCGAGUAUGCUAGCACGACUGGUAAUGAUGGGAGCACCACAUACUGGUCAAAUAUGCAAGGUAGUUGCAGCGAGGCCGUCUAUAUGAUUGGAAUGGAGCGAAACAGCGACAUCGUCAAGAUGGCUAGUUUUGCCCCACUGUUGGAACAUUAUGAUAUGGCAGAGUGGUCGCCCGACCUUUUUGGACUUGACUCUAGUCCUGGUUCCAUCACUGGCUCCACAUCUUACUACGUCCAGAAGAUGUUCUCAAGCAACCGCGGCUCCACCAUCCUGCCUGUCACCUCUGACUCGGCCUUUGGGCCUGUUUACUGGGUUGCCUCUGUGUCAGACUCGGGCACUUAUUAUGUCAAGCUUGCCAAUUAUGGGUCAAGUGCAGAGAAUCUCACCAUCAAUAUCGAAGGAACGACCGCUGGCUCGCUCGAGUUGCUUUCCGGGGGUGAGUUGGUAAGCAACUACCCACAUGAUGUAUCAAUCACCACAUCUACAACGAGUGUUUCUGGAUCAGGAAGCUUCACGGUGGAUAUGCCAGCUUGGGCUGUUGCUGUCUUGGCAGUGUCGUGA